GAUUUCUGAGCGCCACCCAGGGUUAUCUCCCAAUCAGAUAUCAUCUGUCACAUUAUUCUGACCGACCACCCGGCGUAAAUUCAUCCGCGUUUUGUUUCCCUCGAAGGAGUCACUGUAUUUUUUAGUUCUUGUGUAAAGAGUUAUAAAUUGUGAAUACAAAGAGAUGGCUGCAUCAUUCUUCAACCGAAUUGGACAAGUUGGUCUUGGAGUUGCACUCCUUGGCGGCGUUGUGAACUCCGCGUUAUAUAAUGUGGACGGUGGACACCGAGCUGUGAUCUUUGAUCGCUUCACGGGAGUCAAGCAAGAAGUGACGGGCGAAGGAACACAUUUCUUCAUUCCGUGGGUGCAGCGGCCAAUCAUCUACGAUAUCCGCUCGCAGCCACGGAAUGUGCCGGUCGUUACCGGCUCAAAGGAUUUGCAGAACGUCAACAUCACGUUGCGUAUCCUGUACAGGCCAAUCCCUGAACAAUUGCCCAAAAUGUACACAAUUUUGGGCGUCGAUUACGACGAGAGGGUGUUGCCUUCCAUCACCACUGAAGUGUUGAAGGCUGUGGUGGCUCAAUUCGACGCCGGCGAGUUGAUUACACAGAGAGAGAUGGUCUCACAAAAAGUCUCCGAGGACCUUACGGAGCGUGCCUCGCAGUUCGGCCUAAUGUUGGACGACAUCUCCAUCACCCACUUGACCUUUGGUCGGGAAUUCACAUUAGCCGUCGAAAUGAAGCAGGUCGCCCAGCAAGAAGCCGAGAAGGCGCGUUUCAUUGUCGAAAAGGCUGAACAACAGAAGUUGGCCUCCAUCAUCACAGCCGAGGGUGACGCUCAAGCUGCCGAACUUUUGGCCAAAUCGUUCGCCGAAGCCGGUGAUGGUCUGGUGGAGUUGCGACGAAUUGAAGCUGCUGAGGACAUUGCCUACCAACUAUCACGAUCACGCGGUGUCGCCUACCUUCCUGCUGGCCAGAAUACGUUGCUCAAUUUGCCAACGACUUUGGCUCAGUAGGCGGCGCGGAGAGGAUUCAGUUUACGUAGGUCCAGGGUCAGUGGAUUGGUUUCAGGAAAGCGACCACGCGGAGUGGAUUCAUUGCAUUUUUUAGUUCUUUUUGUUUCUGUUUUUGUACUUUAUACACAUCGUCUUAGGUUAUUAGUCAUUGGAACUUAGCGCAAGGAAAGAAAAUCAAAUUUUCGUUUCAGAAAAGUGAAAUCUGGAGAAAUUAUCGUUUACGGAUGAAUGCGAAAUGUCGAAAACUUUUUUUAUAUUCGUGUGUUGCCUGCAAUGUUUGUUGCGAUUUAUAAUGAAUAUAGGAAAAGUUUAGUUGUACAAAAA